CCACUGUUAUCUGGUUGUAUUACUCUCUCUGGUACAGAACUGCACACUCACCGUCUCUGGCGCAGCAUCUGGACUCCGAAGCUUCUCCGCCGUGUAACUUCCGACCAUGGCGACUUCCUUCUUUCUUCCCUCCACUUCUUUCAGCAAUUACAGGGUAAACCAAGGGUGUGUAAACUUGCAUUCAGGGUAUUGGCAGAAGGGCAUCAGGUGCUUCUCAGUAUGUCUCCAGAAGCAGAAAUGGAACUGGAAAUUUUAUAUAAUGACCAAUAGAAAUGUUUCUGUUCAUUUUGUAUUGAAAACGUUUGCUGCUACUGGUUCAUUAGAAGCAGAUGUGGCAUGCAACAAUCAAGAUUCUUCGGGUGUUUCAGCUCCAAACAACUUCCUGAGGUCUGAAAAAAUGGCUGACUGCUCAAGUAACCCCUUUGAUGGCAUGAGUGACUUUGAGAGACAGUUGCAAGAGUUAUUUAAUAAAAUCAGAACUAUGAUUAUGAAAGGCGACAAAAGUGAUGCUAUAGACCUACUUCAAGCAAACUAUGAAGCUGUGAAAGAACAGAUGAAUGCAGGUUCUAAAGGCAUUGAAGAAGCUGCUAUUCUUGACAUCAUAGCCUUGGGAUACAUAUUAAUUGGAGACUUGAAGUUUGUACGCUCUUUGCUGAGUACGAUGAAUGGGGUUGUUGACAUUCAAAAGGAUGAUGAGCCCUUAUUGGGCUCAAUACUUAUGCAUAUGGGAAGUAUGUAUUCAACUCUGGGGAACUUUGAGAAAUCCAUGCUUGCAUAUCAAAGAGUUAUUCUUAUUUCAGAGAGCAAAUAUGGACGAGAUAGUACUUUCCUUAUCAAACCACUGCUGGGGAUGGCAAAAAGCCUAGGUUCUAUUGGAAGAGCCACAAAAGCAUUGGAUAUCUACCAACAGGUGAUAAAUAUCAUUGAAUCAAGCGGAGGUGCUAAAAGUGAGGAUUUGGUGGUGCCGUUGUUUGGUCUUGGCAAUCUUUUGAUGAGAGAAAGAAAAGCUGCAGAUGCAGAAGGUCCUUUUACUAGGAUUUUAAAGAUAUAUACUAAGUUAUAUGGAGAGAAAGAUGGAAGGGUUGGACUUGCAAUGUGUUCCUUAGCUCGUGUAAAAUUUGCAAAAGGGAAUACAGAUGAAGCCAUUGAUUUAUACAAAAAUGCUCUUCAGAUUAUAAAAGAUUCAAGUUACAUGGAUUUAGAUGAUGGUGUAAUGGAGAAUAUGAGGAUAGAAUUGGCAGAAUUACUUCAUGUUGUGGGAAGAUGGAAAGAAGGCCAACAGCUGCUGGAGGAAUGUUUGUUGAUCACUGAGAAGUUUAAAGGAAAAGACCAUCCCAGCUUAGCUACACACUACCAAAAUCUUGCAACCUCCUACUCACGGUUGAAGAAUUUUGCAAUGGCUGAGCACUUGCUGCGGGCAAGUAUGGAUGUAAUAUCAAAGGCCGAGGGGCCAGACCAUCCAUCCAUCACUUUCCCAAUGUUGCAUCUUGCUGUCACUCUUUACAAUUUAAAGAGGGAUGAAGAAGCCGAGCAACUUGCGCUGGAGGCUUUGCAUAUCCGUGAGAAGGCAUUCGGAAAAGAUUCUCUUCCAGUUGGGGAGGCUCUGGACUGUCUGGUGUCCAUUCAGAGCAGAAGAGGGAAGCACAGUGCCAAGUUACUGGAGCUACUGAAGAGAGUCCUGAAAAUUCAAGAGAGAGAGUUUGGAUAUGAGAGUAAGGAGGUAAUGGUAACCCUGAAGAAGGUUGUAUUCUACUUGAACAAAUUGGGGAGAAAAGAUGAGAAAUUUCCCCUACAGAGGAGGUUGUCCACACUUAGGAAGAAAUACAAGCAUAUUGUUCAAUAUUAACAGGUUUGCUUUCCCAAGAAACUAUAAGAAGGUAAUUGCUUAUGAAUUUUCUAAUCCCAUUAAGAGAUUAUCUAAGUUGGCUUAUAAUACCACCUAAAAAUUGUAAUAGUUACCAGUUGUAAAUAAAUUAUGAAGCUUUUUCUAAUUGCAUCAGCAGUGACUUGAAUGAUGCAUUUUCUGCUUCAAAGAACGUCUCAAAACUCUCUUCUACAGUCGAAUCCUCCCUCUUUCUCUUCCGCUCCUCCUUGAAAUCCAUCACCUCUGCAGCAGCCACUGUCGUUAAAAACUGCAAAUCUUUGGAAAACCAAGCACAAACAUUUAUCCGAAGAGUAUGCAGGAAGAGAACUACUCCCUGCAGCCAAACCGGGAGGCGCCAAAGAGAAGUUGGUCUGAGAAUUCAGAGCCGGAGCAGUUGGGGAUGGGGAGGCGGAAGGAGGCACCUGGUGGAGGAGCCAAUCAAGGUGUAGGGAUGCGGCAGCUGCGGCCUUCCAGUUUUCUGUGUCGAUCUUUUGAAGGUUUUGCAGAUGGGGUCUUGUUAGAAGUUGACAUUCUCAAAGCUUAGCUGAGUUCCUAACUUUAGAGUUUCACUGAUUUAAUACUCACAUUAAGAUCUUGAUUCUAGAAGGACUUGGAUUGUAAUUUAUGCAACUGUCUAAACUUCUUACCUUAAGAAAAAUGAAAGGAUGUUAGAGCU